AAAGGGAAUACAGCCCUGCACAUUGCAUCCUUAGCAGGACAAGCUGAAGUUGUCAAAGUUCUGGUUAAGGAAGGAGCCAAUAUUAAUGCACAAUCUCAGAAUGGCUUUACUCCUUUAUAUAUGGCAGCUCAAGAGAACCACAUUGAAGUGGUGAAAUAUCUCCUGGAGAAUGGAGCCAACCAAAGCACAGCUACUGAGGACGGUUUCACUCCUCUGGCUGUUGCGCUGCAACAAGGACACAACCAGGCGGUGGCCAUCCUCCUGGAGAAUGACACCAAGGGGAAAGUGAGACUACCAGCUCUGCAUAUUGCCGCUAGAAAAGACGACACCAAGUCAGCGGCGCUCUUACUGCAGAACGACCACAAUGCCGAUGUGCAGUCCAAGAUGAUGGUGAAUAGGACGACUGAGAGUGGCUUUACACCUUUGCACAUAGCCGCGCACUAUGGAAAUGUCAAUGUGGCAACGCUUCUGCUAAACCGAGGAGCUGCAGUCGAUUUCACAGCAAGGAAUGGAAUCACCCCACUGCAUGUGGCUUCCAAAAGGGGAAACACAAACAUGGUGAAGCUCUUGUUGGAUCGCGGAGGGCAGAUCGAUGCCAAAACCAGGGAUGGACUCACCCCACUCCACUGUGCUGCAAGAAGUGGACAUGACCAAGUUGUGGAGCUGCUGCUGGAACGAGGUGCCCCACUGCUUGCACGGACCAAGAACGGACUCUCUCCGCUUCACAUGGCGGCCCAGGGGGACCACGUGGAAUGCGUCAAACACCUUCUGCAGCACAAAGCUCCCGUGGACGAUGUCACGCUGGAUUACCUGACCGCCCUCCACGUGGCCGCGCACUGCGGCCACUAUCGUGUCACCAAACUCCUCCUGGACAAGAGAGCAAAUCCCAAUGCUCGUGCCCUGAAUGGUUUUACUCCACUGCACAUUGCCUGCAAGAAAAAUCGCAUCAAAGUCAUGGAACUCCUGGUGAAAUAUGGGGCUUCAAUCCAGGCUAUAACAGAGUCGGGCCUCACACCAAUACACGUGGCUGCAUUUAUGGGCCACUUGAACAUAGUCCUCCUUCUGCUGCAGAACGGAGCCUCUCCCGAUGUCACUAACAUUCGUGGAGAAACUGCGUUGCACAUGGCGGCACGUGCUGGGCAGGUGGAAGUGGUUCGCUGCCUCCUGAGAAACGGGGCCCUGGUUGAUGCCCGAGCCAGGGAAGAACAGACUCCACUGCACAUCGCUUCUCGCUUGGGUAAAACGGAGAUCGUCCAACUUCUGCUACAGCACAUGGCCCACCCUGAUGCCGCAACAACUAAUGGGUACACUCCACUGCACAUCUCUGCCAGAGAGGGACAAGUCGAUGUCGCAUCGGUUCUCUUAGAGGCAGGCGCCUCGCACUCCAUGUCCACCAAAAAGGGAUUCACACCUUUGCAUGUGGCGGCCAAAUAUGGGAGCCUAGAAGUGGCAAAACUCCUGCUGCAGCGUCGUGCCUCUCCCGAUUCAGCCGGCAAG